AUGUAUACUGCACGGGCGUCUCCGCCUCAACCGGUUCUUGUUCGACGUGAUACAGUAACUGCCCAAGAACUCAUUGUUCACCAUGUACGCCUGGAAGGGAUGCAGCGACAAAUUUUUAGCUUAAAUACCAUGUCUCAGGUCUCUAUAAUCACCAGUUCAUUUCUGUACACAGUCAUAGAAUACUUUGACCAAACACAAAAAAAAUCUAAAAUGGCCGCUAAAUUCAUCAUCCUCGCCGCUUGCGUGGCUACCGCACUCGCACAAUACUCUGCCCCAGCCUACAAGCCCGCUUACUCAGCGCCCGCUUACUCAGCACCAAAGGCUUACGCCCCAGAACCCGCCUACGCCCCAGCCCCAUACAGCUUCGAAUACAGCGUCAACGACCCACACACCUACGAUGUCAAGAGCCAAUCCGAAUACGCUGACGGCAACGGUUACGUCAAGGGAUCCUACAGCCUUUUGGAAGCUGACGGUUCCACCCGUACCGUUGAAUACACCGCUGACGACUACAACGGUUUCAACGCCGUCGUCAAGAACUCUGCCCCAUCUGCUGCCUACAAGCCAGCUUACUCCGCACCAGCUUACUCUGCACCAGCCUACGCUGCACCAGCAUACUCUGCACCAGCCUACGCUGCACCAGCCUACUCUGCACCAGCCUACAAGCCAGCAUACAAACCAGCAUACUAA